AUGGAGAAAGCAAUGGAUUUGGUGGCGGUCGGGUUCUUGGAAGUUUUGCUUUCUGGAGACGAGGAGAGUUCAAAAAAUGCUACCAUCCUUCCUCGUUAUUCAUUUUUAAGAACCAAUUGUUUGUGGCGGGAAACCCUGAUUGUGUGGUCGGAGUCGGAUACAUGCGACCUGGCGCUAAGUUUCCAGGAGAAGUCAGGUUGUGAAGAGAUUUGGGCAAAGAUUUGUGAAGUUCAAGGACGGGAUCCUGGAGAUGCUGAUGGCGGUUAUGAUGAAAUGGAUGACGGAGAGUUGAGCGAAGGCUCCUCGAAUGCGUUGGCCGGAGGAGGUGGGGCUGGUCGUGUUGUUAUCCCACCGAUUGAAGUUGGGCGAUUGGCCGAAGUGGACACCAUUAUGCAGAAUCAUCUUGCUACGCAGGUAUUGCGGGAGAAAAUGGCCAACGCGAUUGAAUCGGAAGGGGUCUUGCCGAAACUGGUAGACGUUUUUCAUAUGUGUGAAGAUAUAGAACAUAAAGAUGGACUUCGCACACUAUACUCCAUAGCAAAAAACUUAUUUAUGCUGAAUAGGAAUAGCCUCAAUGAGACGUUGUUGAGUGACAAAUAUCUGAAAGACCUUAUUGGUAUGCUGGAGUACGAUCCAGCACAUGAAACACCGCGCAAACAUCGAGAAUUUCUUUACGAGAAGGCUAAAUUCCGUGAAGUACUGCCUAUAGCUAAUGAAGAGCUGAAUUUUCCCUUCUUAUCUUGCAUCUUCAUCUCUGCUAUCCAUGUAAAUUCCAGAGAAAAGAUUCAUCAGACUUAUCGAGUUCAAUACUUGCAAGAUGUGUGCUUGCCUGCUCCAUCACUAUUUGAGGAAAAUCUACUAUCUGUUUUAAAUAGUUAUCUAUUCUUCAACAGAAUUGAUAUCGUCAAUAUGCUACAGAAAGAUAAAAGGUUAAUGAAGGAGUUGUUUGAUCAGCUCCGAGAUCCUGAAACAACUGUUGCGCGACGAAGGGAUCUAGCAUUUUUCCUCAAAGAAUUUAUCACCCUCAGCCAAGGGUUACCACCAAAUGGUGCGCAAAGCAAGGAUAACUUUUUUAAGAACCUGCAAGCUAAUGAUGUUCUUGGGACUAUUGAGCCUUGCAUCAAAUCUCCUGAUCCUGACACUCGAACAACUAUAGUAGAUAUGCUUGCACUGCUUGUGGACCACAGUCCGCAACUUGUGCGAGACUAUUUGUUAAGACAAGCUAAGGAUAAGAGUGAUGAUGAAGUUUUACUGAAUCGCCUGCUGGUUCAUAUGCAAACCGAUCGUGAUGCAGAGUUAACGUCGGGUAGUCAAGUCUCACAGGUGCUACGAACUUUACUCGAUCCCGAUAAUAUGGUGUCGAUGCAGAAAUCGGACAGAUCCGAGUUCCUGAGCCUAUUCUAUCAAAGGUCCAUCUAUACACUUGUAAGGCCGAUGAUGGAAAAUGUGAAAGGAGGAACGAUCAAGCGCGAUGACUACUGCAUGGCAAAUCGCCAGUCGUUAGUCGUUCGACUUCUUUGCUUUUGUAUUGAACAUCACUCUUUUUCAAUGAGACAACACUGUAUUUCAAACGACUUGCUUAAUAAAGUGCUAGUCCUCCUGCAGAGCAAGCAUCAUUUUCUGGCUUUGGGUGCUUUGAAGAUGUUGCGUACCGUAUUAGCUGUUAAAGAUGACUUCUACAAUCGCUAUAUCGUUAGGGAGAAAGUUCUGGAUCGUGUAGUUGAGUGCUUUGUACGUAACGGACCCAGAUACAACCUACUCAAUUCUGCAAUGCUUGAAUUAUUCGACUAUAUCCGAUCGGAGGACAUAAAACCGCUUGUGAAAUACACUGUUGAAAAUCACAUGGCUGCCUUUGAAGAUGUUACCUAUGUGAAAUUGUUCUCUGAGUUGAAGAUACGAUAUGAGCAGCAGCGUGAUCGCGAAAAAGCUGCGAAUGCAGUGAAAGACGAAAGAGUGCCGAGUCCGGCUGCAUUUGCUAAGGAGAGACAGGAGGAACAGUGGUUCGAAGGCGAUGAAGAUGAAACUGAGUGCAAGAAAGAAUCACCGGAGAAAAAGGAAGUAAAAAGGGAGUCCGAAUUCCCGAGAAAAACUGGCAUUGAGCCAAUGUUUCCUUCCGUACUCAAACGGAAAAAUGCAUUCGAUGAGGAUGACGGGGCAGUUUUUAGUGGGCAGCCAACUGCUCCGUUUACACCUGUGAAUGCUGGAUCGGAGAAGAAGAUUGUUAUCAAA